AUAGAUAUAUUUUUUUAAACUUACAUCGAGGAAGUGUUUAGAGUAGACGAUUGUUAACAAAACUUAUUGUUGGCUGGGGCUUGGGAAGUUCCUUCAGUAUGGCAUUUGGCAUCUACAAAAUACUUCUAUCUUAAUGGCUACAUCUAUAAAAAGAUCACAGUCGCUGGCCGUCUCCUUUGAGAGGAGAACAAUGUGUCGCCUGAGCACCAGAACAAUGGCAUCUGCGGAGAACAAUUGGCCAACUCCAAUGAAGGCUAUAGGAGCACAGAAUCUACUGACAAUGCCGGGCGGUGUUACAUUAUCAGGAUAUUUGCACAAACGGGGAGGCAAGCAGAUUCAGCUGUUAAAAUGGCCCUUGAGAUAUGUGAUUAUACACAAGGGCUGUGUGUAUUACUUUAAAAGCAGCACAUCGCCAUCAUCACAAGGCGCCUUCUCAUUAAAUGGAUACAAUAGGGUAAUGAGGGCCGCAGAAGAGACAACUUCAAGCAAUGUGUUUCCAUUCAAGUUGGUUCACAUCAGCAAGAAACAUCGCACAUGGUACUUUUCUGCGGCAUCUGAAGAUGAAAGGAAGAAAUGGAUGCUAUCCCUCAGGAAAGAAAUUGAUCAUUACCAUGAAAAAAAAGAAGCUGUAACAGAUUUAAGCGAUACAGAUUCUGAUUCAAGCAGUUUCUAUGGCUCAGUGGAACGUCCCGUGGAUAUUAAAUAUAUUCACAAUCCUGUGGAAGUAGAUAGCUGGCAAGAUGAUGAUGAUGAUGACGAUGAAGAUGACUAUGAAAAACCAGAUGGCUUCAUAGAAGAUGAUGCCCCUUUGGAUCCACCACCACCUGUUCCAAGAACAGUGAAGGAUGUUGAUGAGAAAAAAAGACGAGCAAUAUCUGACUUGACAGGUUUAACAAAGCCGCCUCCUCCCCAUCCCAAAAACAGCUUACCUAAUCCAAAGCUUACAGACUGGUCUUACACAAGGAAAGACUCUAAUAGCUUUUCCAACCAAAAUGUACAUGCGCCAAGUUCAAAUACUACACCUGGGCCUCCCCUGCCUUCACCAAUUUACAAACCUCCUCUUCCUCCACCCAAGAAAACCUUACCCGAUUUAAAAGACUUCUCAGUGUCAUCUAAUUGUUUUAGUCCUAAUUUAUCUGAGACAGGGACAAGGCCACAGCAUGUAGCACUACAAACACCAUCUAAUAGACUAAUGGGUUCAUCUACUUUAACUCCUUUGAAGAGUGCCUUAAAUAACAGUGAAACUAAGGGGGGCAAACUUGGUCCACAACAAUCAUGUGAUGCUGGGAUUAGUAGUAUCAACAAAGAGCUCAAUGAAAAGCUCAGAUCUGUAAGUUUUUCGGGUUCUGCAUUUUCUCCAAUCCCACCACCCAAACCAGCCAGCCAAAUCUCUGCAGUUUCACCAAACAAGUCUCCCCAUCUAUCACCUCCAGCACCACCAACCAAACCUGUCUUUCAGUCCUCGCUGUCACCACCAACCAAAGCCAUUGGUCCAACCCCUCCAGUCCCACCCAUGAAACCUAGAACAGCUGGUGCUUCAUCUGAAGUGAACUCCUUAAAGGAUGUUGCAAAAUCAGGAGUGUUAAAGCCAAGUAUGUUGCAGAAGCCACCAACAAUACCAAGAUUGACUACAAAGAUUCCGGAAAGUGAUAAACCUGGAUUUUCACCAAUAUUGAGAUCACCACCCGAUGGGCAGAGCUUCCGAGGAUUUGGUUUAGAAAUCCCAGUGCGCCCUCCAAAGAACAGUUUGAAUAAAGAAGAUAGUGACAGCGAUGAGGACUAUGAGAAGGUCCCUUUGCCCGCGAGUGUAUUUAUUAAUACUAAUGAAUCCACAGAAGUUGAAAGGAUUUUCAAAGAUACAAACCCCAAAGGAAGCCCUCUGAAUGGACUGUUUUGUUUUCGAAAUUCUUCAAAGGCCGGAAAGGUUUUGGUUGUAUGGGAUACAGCUGCAGAUAGAGUAAGGAACUACAGAAUAUUUGAAAAGGAUUCCAAGGUUUACCUUGAGGCAGAAAUCAUGUUUCCAGAUAUUGGUACUUUGGUUGAACACUACUAUGCAAACAAAUUACCCAGCCAUGACAACUUGCUUCUAAAACAUGCUUAUGGCUGUGCAACCCCUCCGAGGUGACACAACGUUAAGGAAAAAAGAAGAGGCUCUCCUUAUUGAACUGUGGGCACAGAGUGAUUGAUUCCUAGAAACAUCACAUCUGUUUGCUUUUGAUUUAUAAAGACUAUAGACACUAAGACAAAGUGUUAGGGACAAUUUUGGCAAAUUAAUUUCUACCAAUGGUGUUUAAAAAAACACAGGAUUACAAUAUUUCUAACUCAGAUGUCCAGUUCAUUGAAGACCAAAGUGUGAACUAUAAAAUCAUAACAGAAAUAGAACCACCAUCCGAAAAAACACAUCAUUUUAAUUCCAAUUGUUUGUUGUUUUUUUGCUUUUUAUAUGUUUAAUAUUUAGCACAUAUAACUGAGUAUGUACCCACUCAUCUCCUCUUAUUCUGAUAGGGAGAUAAAGUCAGAGCAUUAUAUUGAAAAUCUCAAUCACUUUUUAUAAUGUGUUUGUUAGAGUGUAGAAAAAACACGUGGUCUUCAUGCACCAAUAGUUCCUAUGAACUUAAAGUCCACACACUUAAGAAAUAAUGGAUCUAUUUUUAUUUAAACUGACGUUGAUAUUUAGCUAAAAGUCAUGGCUGUAUAGUCUUUUAGAUGAUUAUGUGAGAUAUCGAGGGUCUGGUCCCAGAUCAGCUACCUAUUCCCACACUGACACAAACAGUUUUUUCUGACUCGUUAGACUACAAUCAAUCAACAGUUAUUUUCACAAUAAAAUAUAUGGAUGAUCUCAAAGUUCCUCAAACACUCUAGCAUUUUCUCUAGUGGACCCCCCCCCCCAUAUGACUCCCUUAGUAUAUGUAGGACAAAAGCUAACAGAAUCCACAGAUCCUUAGCUUGCACUAUGCUUUAUCAGAAGAGGAUUUUGCAUGCUAUUCUAACUGUCCCUUAUAUGUCUUUAAAAAUAAACAGGUGACAAAAUACCAUUCUGUUGACCUUAAAAAAAAAUUGUACAGGAUCUAAGUACUGUUGACAGAUAUUUCUAUACUAACGUGAAAUAAUAGAUAGUCAUCAUGGUCCUUAUAGUUGUGUCAGAUCUUAUCAGACAAAUUCCCAAACCCCAAACUUGAUCUUGGCACUAGCAUGGGUUUGUUAUGUUCCUCAUCCUCCUUCCUUUCUCCUCCAUUUGCUGGACUCAUGUUAAAGGGACAGUAAACCCAAAUUUUUUCUUUCAUGAUUUUGGUACAGAAUACAAUUUUAAACAACAUUUCAAUUUACUUCUUUUAUCUAAUUCGCUUCAUUUUUUUAGAUAUCCUUUGUUGAAGAAAUAGCAAUGCACACGGGUGAGCCAAUCACACAAGGCAUUUAUUCACAGCCACCAAUCAGAAGCUACUGAGCAUAUCUAGAUAUGCUUUUAAUCAAAUAAUAUCAAGAGAAUGAAGCAAAUAAGAUAAUAUAAGUAAAUUAGAAAGUUGUUUAAAAUUACAUGUUCUUGCUGAAUCAUGAAAGAAAAAAAUUGGGUUUAAUGUCCCUUUAAGCCUGGGGAGAGGGAGGUGAGUAAAGGAUAAAAGGUUUUAGGCUUAAAGGAACAGUCAACACCAGCAUUUUUGUCGUUUUAAAAGAUAGAUAAUCCCUUAAUUACCCAUUCCCCAGUUUCGCAUAACCAACACAGUUAUAUUAAUACACGUUUUACCUCUGUAAUUACCUUGUAUCUAAGCCCCUUAUUUCAGUUCUUUUGACAGACUUGCAAUUUAGCCAAUCAGUGCUCACUCCUCUGUAAAUUCACGUGCAUGAGCUCAAUGUUAUCUAUAUGAAACACAUGAACGAACGCCCUCUAGUGGUGAAAAACUUUCAAAAUGCAUUUAGAUUAGAGGUAACCUUCAAAGUCUAAGAAAUUAGCAUAUGAACCUCCUAGGUUUAGCUUUCAACUAAGAAUACCAAGAGAACAAACCAAAAUUGGUGAUAAAAGUAAAUUGGAAAGUUGUUUAAAAUUACAUGCCCUAUUUGAAUCAUGAAAGUUUUUUUUGGACUUGACUGUCCCUUUAACAUUUGGUUUGAAGUUUCUGCCUUUCUCAAAGAUGUAACUUGAUAUUAACCCAACAGUAAAGAAUCAUCUCCUACUUCAUGUGCUGUUACUGAGAACAUGAAUGAUAAGACUGGAAAAUCUUUUUAUUUUUAUAUUUUUGUUGGCUUUCCUACUUUUAUGGAUUUUUAGGGGUAUGCUUUCAUUUUAAUUGUGUCAGUAGACACCACUGAUAAGGUAACAACAUUGUAGAUACUUUGUUGAUCAUCUCUGCAUUAUUAAGUGAAUAGAAAUACUUUUUCAUGAAGACGUAACUGUGCGUUGUUAGUAGUUUUAUGUGAAUAUGUCUUUUAAUGUGUAAUGGUGCUUUAUGGAUUGGAAUUUGUAAAUCUGGCUUCCUAAUAUACACUACAAAUACCACCAAGAUGUAGGUGAAUUGUUUCUGAUGUUUGAUUACAGCAUGUCAGAUUUUUUAGCAUUUGCACUUUAUAUAUUUACUGAUUCUACCCAGUUUAUACAUUUUGUAAAUAAAAUGAUGGGAACAUUUAUGUAAGUAAUAGAUUACUAGGGUUUUUACUCUAUUUUCCCUCCUUUUAUACAGCCGUAUACAUAUGUGUAUAUAUUUAUUAGUACAAUUACUUAAUGUCCUGGAGUGUUCAAUUUAAUACUGUGACAGCAAAAAAUGUCCUCAGGAAAAAGUAAUCAAAAUAUUUGAUUAGAAUACAUUUCUAUGUUUUUUUUAGUUGUCUUUACUAGGCUAGACUUUCAGUCCCUUUCAUCUGUUGUGGUGUUGCUUGACUCAAUGCUUUGUCUUGCGGUAACAUGCUAACUGGUUUCUAUGUUGGGAAUUAUUGAACCCUGGAUUUGGCUGAGCAUUAACAAAGCAAGGAUACUGUGCAAUAUUUUUUGUUAAGAAUAUAUAGAUAGAUGUCUAUCACAUAAACUAGUAUAUUCAAAUGGAUAAAUAAAACCCCAUGUAAGUCAUAUAAUCUGACAUUUGUGGCAGUGCAAAGUGUUCUAUAUAUAACAUUGUUUAAAUGUAUUUGCCAGUGGAGUUAAUAUUUCUUUCUGUUUUAAAAUUCAGAAAUUGUGGCCGAUUUAUCAAGUGUCUGUCCGACAUGAUCCGCUCAGCGGAUCAUGUCCGCCAGACAUCACUGAAUGCCGACAGCAUACGCUGUCAGGAUUUAACAUUGCACAAGCAGUUCUGGUGAACUACUUGUGCAAUGCCGCCCCCUGCAGAUUCACGGCCAAUCAGGCAUUAGCAAGUUGUGUCAAUCAACCCGAUCGUAUACAAUCGGGCGGAUUGAUGUCUGCAGCCUCAGAGGCAGCGGACGAGUUAAGGAGCAGCGGUCUUAAGACCGCUGCUUCUUAACUGCUGUUUCCGGCGAGCCUAAACAGCUGCAUUGGGGACGAUUGACAGCUUGUUAAAUCGGCCCCAUUGUCUGUAUAACUUGAGAUUGCCACAUUUAUCUGGGAAACUUUUAAAGCAGUGUCACCAACUACAGCCAGAAAGCCACAUGUUGCCCUCCAAGGGUUUUGUGUGGCCCUCCACACCAUUGAGCUGAAAACAGACUUCAAUAGUUUCUUGGCAACGAAAAAGCAGUUCCCUAAUUGUCAUUAGAUCGUUAAGCAUUUGUAUUUGUACCAAAUUUUGUAAAUUUGAGCAGUAUAUAUUAAAAUCAUUAAUACCAACUAA